AUGUCCGACGCUCGUGUGAAGUUCGCCGUGCAGCAAUACGACGGCAGCGGCAUGGACGACGAGGAGGACGAGUGGUUCGUCCCUCCGGCACCUCUGCUCGCCGGUCUGUUGCAUUUCAUUUCAGUCUCACUCACUCACUCUCUCACUGCCAUCCCUUUCUCCCAUCCAACUGCCCGAGGACGUUGUCCGGCGAAUAGCUUGGAGUGGUAA